CUCCGCCUGCGGCUCCGACCCCCUCCCGGCCCGCGGCGGCGACUCCAGGGCUUUUGGCUCGCCCCUCCCGGAGGGCUCGGCCCGGUCCCACCGCGCCGGCGUCGCGCGCGAGCCAGGCUCCUGUCGCGAGAGGCAGAAAAAUGGCUCAGGAGACUAACCAGACCCCAGGGCCCAUGCUGUGUAGUACAGGAUGUGGCUUCUAUGGGAAUCCUAGGACAAAUGGAAUGUGUUCUGUUUGCUACAAAGAACAUCUUCAGAGGCAGCAGAAUAGUGGCAGAAUGAGCCCAAUGGGGACAGCUAGCGGUUCUAACAGUCCUACCUCAGAUUCUGCAUCUGUACAAAGAGCAGACGCUAGUUUAAACAACUGUGAAGGUGCUGCUGGCAGCACAUCUGAAAAAUCAAGAAAUGUGCCUGUGGCUGCCUUGCCUGUAACUCAGCAAAUGACAGAAAUGAGCAUUUCAAGAGAGGACAAAAUAACUACCCCGAAAACAGAGGUGUCAGAGCCAGUUGUCACUCAGCCCAGUCCAUCAGUUUCUCAGCCCAGUACUUCUCAAAGUGAAGAAAAAGCUCCUGAGUUGCCCAAACCAAAGAAGAACAGAUGUUUCAUGUGCAGAAAGAAAGUUGGCCUUACAGGGUUUGACUGCCGAUGUGGAAAUUUGUUUUGUGGACUUCACCGUUACUCUGACAAGCACAACUGUCCAUAUGAUUACAAAGCAGAAGCUGCAGCAAAAAUCAGAAAAGAGAAUCCAGUUGUUGUCGCUGAAAAAAUCCAGAGAAUAUAAAUUACUACUUGUGAAGAGACUGAUACUUUGUUUUUAUUUUAAUAUAUCGUAGGAAAACAUUAAAGAGCAGAUGCAUGGCCAUUUUC